GGUGACGCACUCUCAGGGCUGGGAAGUCACGUGACCUCUGGUGUGUUCUUCCGGGAUAUGCGCAGGGACCCGCCCACUCUCUUCUUGAAAAGUCCUCAGGAGUCGGAAGGAAAAUAAAUCUCAGUCAAGCUGACCCGACGAGCAGCAUCGCCAUGAUGUCCAAGAAGACAGGAAGUCGCGUGGCUGAGAUGGAGGCGGCGGGGGAAGUGUCCAUCAUCCGCAUCCCGCCCCAUCACUACAUCCACGUGCUGGACCAGAACACCAACAUCGCCCGUGUGGAGAUCGGACCCCUCACCUUCAUCCGCCAGGACAAUGAAAGAGUCCUGUUCCUGCCGGUGCGAAUGAUCAUGGUGCCGCCGCGCCACUACUGCGUGGUCGCCAACCCGGUGGCGUGCGAUGACAACGGCUGCGUUCUCUUCGAUGAGCAGGGCCAGGCCAAGCUGCGACACGCCGACCUGGAGAUCCGCCUGUUCCGAGAUCCUUUCCCGCUCCAUCCCGGAGAGGAGAUCCAGCAGGACGUGACGCCACUGCAGGUGGUCUAUCCCGACACGGCGCUGCGUUUGCAGGCACUGCUGGACUUCCAAGAGGAGGGCGGAGACAAACAUGUCGCCGGAGACGAGUGGCUCUUUGAGGGACCCGGGACGUACAUCCCCAGGAAAGAAGUGGUGGUCCUGGAGACCAUCAAGGCCACGGUGAUCCGGGAGAACCAGGCCAUCAGACUACGAGCUCGCAAGGAGGGAGUUGACCGCGGCGGUGUGCACCGUGUAACAGGGGAGGAGUGGCUGGUCAGUAAGGUGGGGGCGUACUUGCCGGGCGCACACGAGGAAGUCAUUGACAUCGUCAACGCCUUCAUCCUGACCGACAAGAAAGCGCUGCAUGUGCGCGCUCUGCGAGCCUUCAGGGAUGUGGAGGGUUACCAGCGGCGUACGGGGGACGAGUGGCUGGUGACCAACGCCGACCACGAGGCACACAUCCCCUCAGUGGCUGAGGAGGUGGUGGGCGUGGUGGACGUGACCACCCUGAGCAGUCGCCAUUACUGUGUCAUCUUGGACCCGGUCGGACCCGACGGCAAACCUCAGUUGGGCCAGAAGAGGGUGGUGAAGGGGGAGCGCUCCUUCUUCCUGCAGCCCGGCGAGCGCCUGGAGCGCGGCAUCCAGGACGUCUACGUGCUGUCUGAGCAGGAAGGGCUGCUACUGCGAGCCGUGGAGGCGUUCACCGACACUGAGGAGCGCGAGGAAGAUGAGGACGAGGAUGAGGAGAGGAGCAAGCGACCGCGUCACAGCGCCAUCCUUCGCCGUCCCGGGGACCGCUGGAUGCUGCGAGGCCCCAUCGAGUACGUCCCGCCUGCCACGGUGGAGGUGAUGCUGCGGCGCCAGGCAAUCCCGCUGGACGAGAACGAGGGCAUCUACGUGCGGGAGAUGAAGACUGGCAAGGUGCGUGCGGUCAUCGGGCAAACGUACAUGCUGAAUCAGGAUGAGGAGCUGUGGCAGAAGGAACUUCCUCCCAACGUGGAAGCUCUGCUGACGUCAACCCGCGACCCCCUGGCGGACCGCUCGGACCGUACCAGGACUGGCGAGACCAAGGCAAGGAACAAGACCCUGGUGGUGUCCUACAGGGUCCCCCACAAUGCGGCGGUUCAGGUCUACGACUACCGGGAGAAGAAGGCCAGAGUGGUGUUUGGACCGGAGCGCGUGAUGCUGGGACCCGACGAGCAGUUCACGGUUCUGUCGCUGUCCGGGGACAGACCCAAACGGGGCAACGUCAUCAAGGCCGUGUGUCUGCUGCUCGGUCCCGACUUCUUCACAGACAUCAUUACCAUCGAGACCGCCGACCACGCCCGCCUGCAGCUGCAGCUGUCCUACAACUGGCACUUUGACGUCAAGCCGCCCGCCGACGCCGCCGAUGCCGCCGCCCUCUUCUCAGUGCCUGACUUUGUGGGCGACGCCUGCAAAGCCAUCGCAUCACGGGUCCGAGGCGCCGUCGCCUCCGUGCAGUUUGACGACUUCCACAAGAACUCCAACCGCAUCAUCUGCUCGGCCGUGUUCGGCUUUGAUGAGAAGCUGGCGGUGCGCCCCAGUCUCCGCUUCCAUCAGAACCGACUGGUCAUCAGCAGCGUGGACAUCCAGUCCGUGGAGCCCGUGGACCAGAGGACACGUGAUGCCCUGCAGAAGAGCGUCCAGCUCGCCAUCGAGAUUACCACCAACUCCCAGGAGGCGGCUGCACGUCACGAGGCCGAGCGUCUGGAGCAGGAAGCUCGAGGGAAGCUGGAGAGGCAGAAGAUCACCGACCAGGCGGAAGCUGAGCGAGCCAGGAAGGAACUUUUGGAGCUGGAGGCCCUCAGCGCCGCCGUGGAGAGCACUGGUGCCGCCAAGGCUGAAGCCCAGUCUCGGGCCGAGGCGGCUCGUAUUCAGGGCGAGGCGGCGGUCCACGAGGCCAAACUGAAGGUGGAGGCUCAGCGUAUCGAGGCGGAGGCGGAGCUUCAGCGUCUGGCGAAGGCUCGUGAGCAGGAGCUGAGCUACAGGAAGGAGAUGGACCGCCUGGACGUGGAGAAGAAGGAGCGUCUGACCAACAUGGAGAGUCAGCACUUCAGUCAGGUGGUGGCCAGCCUGGGCAGCGACACGCUCAAAGAGAUGGCGAGAGCCGGACCUGAGCUGCAGGUGAAGUUGCUGCAGGCUCUCGGCCUCAAGUCCACCCUCAUCACGGACGGUGCGUCGCCCAUCAGCCUCUUCACCACCGCCAACGGCCUGCUGGGGAUGCUGCCCGGACCCGCUCAGUGAUGCCACAGGAAGUAGUAUCCAUUAACAUAUGUAGAUUUAUGAUAGCUAGAUCAUAUAGAUAUGUAUGCGUGCACAUCAGUCUGCUUGAAGGAAUAAAAAAAAUAAGCUCUGA